AUGUUAACUAAAAGUAAAGAGGAACAAAAAGUAUAUCAAACCAUAAUAACAGAAAAAUUAAGAGAAUUGUUAGGAGAGUAUGAAGUAGAUAUAUUGACAGAAUAUGUGUGGCAUAUGGCUGGGAACGCUAAAAGUAGCAGUGAAUUUAUGUGCAAUGAAUUGAAGGAUUUCUUAGGAGAUCACACCACCGUUUUUGUAGACUGGUUAAUGAAACUUAUGAGUGACAUAAAAAAACAAAAGAAAAGCGACACUUAUUUGAAAAAUGAUAAAUCAAAUAAAUCAUCAAGUGUUAGAGAAAAACAACAUGAUGAAUAUUCAAAAUCGAACAGAAGUAGAGAUUCGAAAAAUAGGGUAUCAAGUGUACAUAACAAAAAAGGAGGGGAGGAUGAUUAUGAUAAAAGAAAUAUGUCUGAUACGAGACGAAGAUCUAGGAGUCUUGCAAGCAGUAAAUAUUCAAAUGACGAUAUGUAUUUCUCAAAAAAUAGAAAUAAAAGAAGACAGAAGAGGGGCUUGAGUAUGAGAUCAUGUUCUUCCAGUUCUAGUACUAGAAAAAUUCAUUAUGAUAAAAAUAAAUCAAGAAAUAAAAGAAGUGACAGAGGUAAAGAAAGUGAUAUAUUAAGAUUCAGAGAUAAAUAUAGACGCUUAGGAAGAAGUCAUAGUCACUCCUUUUCACCAAGUAGGGUCAUAUAUGUAGAAAACGGUCAAAGAAAAGAAAAAAAAAAUGAAACACAUCACGACAAUAUGCAAAAUAUAAAAGAUAUGACAUAUAAAAGAAUUAGUGAUAGCGCAGAUGAAUAUAAUAAUAGCGAAAAAAAAAACAAAGCCGUUUUAAAGCCGAAUCCUCGAUUUGUAGGAGAUAAUCCAAAUCCAUUCAUGCAACCUCCAACAAUUAUGAGCAACCAAGAUAUGUCAAGUUAUAACAUGAGCAAUAUGACAAAUUUUUAUCAAGGAAAUUAUAUAGUUGGAACUAAAAACAUGAUGGAUAAUAAUAACAGUUUUAUAUCUAAUAAUAUGAACAAUAAUUUUGUUAAUUCAAGAUAUCAAAAUAAUAUUCCACAAAAAAAUAUAAAAUUCUUACAGAAUAUAAAUAAUAAUACAAGUGUAUCAUCAUCUGUUAAUUUUAUGAAUACCAAUAGAUUUAAUAAUAAUGUAAAUAAUAAUAAUAAUAAUUAUGUUUUUCAAAAAAAUAACAUGAUUAAUAAUAAUAAUAAUAAUAAUGUAUCUGGUACUUGUCCUAUGGAUGAACAAAUAAACAACACACAAAAUUUUAUAAAACAAAAUAAUAAUAAUAUUAGAAAUCAACAAACAUUUUUUAGCAACACACAUAAUAAAAAUGAAUUGAAUGAAAAUAAUAUUAAUUCACAGCAGUAUUUUACACCUAAAGGUAAUAAACAACAAAUAUUUAAUACUAACAUUACCAAUAUAGAUAAACAAAUAAAACCACAACAACACAUUCAACAGAAUGUUUCAAAUGUGCAAUCAACUGGAGAGCUUUUUAAUAAUAAUAUGCAAAAUGAUCAUAUGAAUGAUAAUAUGCAUAAUAAUGCUUUAAAUAUGAAUGAAGAAGGAAAACAGCUAGUAGCUAACCAAGAAAAUGUAGUUGACCCAUCCAACGUUAUAAUAAAGAUACAAAAGAAAUGUCUUUACCUACCAAAUUGUCAAUUUGGAGAUAAAUGCCGAUACAUUCAUCCCGUUGAAAAUUGCCGAAACUGGCCCUAUUGUGCCUUUGGGUCGGAAUGUAUUUAUAUACAUCCAAAUGUUCCCUGCAAAUUUGGUAUAUAUUGCACAAAUUAUUAUUGUAAUUAUUCUCAUGAUCAUGUGGACACAAGUAACCUACCCGAAAUAGGAACAAAUGGAUAUUUCUUAAAUAAAAAAUUAAUUAACACUGUUGAUAAGAAUAUUAAUACAAAUAAUAAUAAUAAUAAUAAUAAUAAUAAUGAGGAAAAUAAUUUCAACGAGAAAGUAGCUCAGAUUUCUUAUAGUAUGCCUAAAACUCCACCAGAAAUGAAAAAAGAAAAAAGUAAUAAUGAAUAUAAUGAAAAUGAAUAUAUUCAAAAUCUUUUAGAUACUGAAAAAGGUGAAUCACAAAAUAUUAUAUUAAAUGAACAAAUUAAAAAUAAUAAUAUAUUUCAAACCAUAUCACAAAAUCAACAAGAUAAUAAUUAUCAAUUCCAAACAAUUAAUCAAUCAAUAAAUCAAACAAAUAAUAUUUUUAACACUAAUGAAAAUGAAAAUACAAAUACAAAUACAAAUACAAAUACAAAUGAUAAUGAUAAUAAUAAUAAUAAUUGUUUUCAAUUAAUUAUGAAUCCUGAUAAAUUAAAUCAAGAUAUACAAUGA